AUAUUUAUGCCUUGAAUUUUUUCGCAUCGUUUGUUGCUUCACGUAUAAAAGAAACAAAUGAAACGUCGCCUUACAUUGACAACGGGUUUCAUUUUUACCACAUUCAAGAAAACAAAAAGCAAGACUAACACAUACUUUUCAUAAAGAAAAAAUAAAUAACGAAAAUACCCCCUUGAGAGAAGCCCAGAAGCGGUUUUAUUUCAAAAAAAACAUGUUAACGAAUCUUUAAAAACUUCUUAAAACAUUCAUAUUCUCCUUAAUAGUUUCUUAACAUACUGGAAUCAUAAUAUUGCGUUUUAAUUACGCUUUUUAAAUUUGUUUUUAUCUAAAAGAGUCAAAACAAAUAUGAAACAUACAACAUGUUUAACACCUAAAGAAAAUCAAUGGAUUGUUGAGACAUUUGAAAAAAUGCGCCAGGAAGCGCUUCAAUGCAAUAAAUUGUCUAAAGCUUGUGUCUAUCGAAAGAUCAUUAAAUCUUUAAAAAAAUAUCCACUACCAAUUAAAAGUGUUAGUGAUGCUAUGAAACUCGAAGGAGUAGGUAAAAUGACUGCUCCGUGUUUCAUUAGAGAAAAUUGUCCGGAUCUCCAUGAAAUCAAUGAAGAAGAGAGGAAAACCCAUCAGUAUUCUGUACUUGUGGCGAUGACACGAUUCGCGAAAUCUUUAGAAACAAAUUUACAGAUUCAAUUUGAACGUUCACCAGAAAAAGAAACCCGCAUUCGUUUAACCCCUGGUAAUUCUGCAUGGAGUAUUCUUUUGACAAUGUAUGUAUAUUCUGAUCACUAUGGCGAAGGAGAACUUCUAAAAGAAGAUAUUAUUAAAAGUACCGAAUCCUUGAAAAAUUUUGAUAUACGUAUCAAGAUUUCAUCAUGGAAAGCUCUUGACAAACUAAUGAAGGAAGGAUAUAUAACCAAUCGACUUCUUUCUGAUCCCCCACAAAUCAGGCGUCCGAAAAAACAAAAAUGUUAUGUAUAUCGUUUAACGGAAAGUGGUAAACUUGCCGGCGAAACAAUUUUGUGCGAACUUGAUACGGAAAUAUUUCAUUCUUUUCUAAGGAAAAAUUCUUUAAAAACUGUUAAAAAUGAUGUUCAUUUUCCUCCUACGCCUGGUAUUGUAUUAGUAAAUCCAACCAACGAACCCCAUGUUGAUGUGGCGUCUCACUUUAUAAAAAAAAUUCAACCCUCACAAUUUAAUAAUAUCCACACACAAAAAAAAGAACUAACAGACCAUCUUUUGGACUAUUUUUGUUUAAAACCUUCUAACAGUGAACUAAGGGAGAGUCAAAAGCAUAAUGAUGAUCUCUAUACGACUCUCAUUCAAACUCCAACAGCUCCUUCUAUACAAACAAAAAAUAUGCACUCUUCCAUUGAUCAUGAUAAAAAUAAUGUAUUAAAACACUUGGACUACCUUGAAACGGAAAGUCACAAUACUUUAUUAAGCCAAACUGCGAAUGUUGCAAGUCAAGACGAGCUUCUUCUUGGUUUAUUACGUUAUACGGAGAAAAAUACCUUGGAAAAAAAUGCAUUUUGUAUUGUGUGUCUUGUGGAUCAUCGUGAAGCUGUUUAUUAUAAAAAUGACUCAUUGUCUUCAGUGAUAACCGGACGAUCGUUGAAUAAAAUAAGAGUGACAUUCUGUGAAUUGAAAACGUUUUUCUUGAAGUUUUUAACCGAAAAUAAAAUGGAAUAUGAAUCAACACUUCUUCCUGUAGGAGAUUUUGCUUGGGUUUGUCGGCUACGGAAACCUAAAGAAUUAUUUUUGUCUACAAAAUUACAAAGCUUGAUACAUUGCACUAGAUCAUCAACAAAUGAAUGCCACUCUAAUUCCGUUAAAGGUUACAAUCAAAAUAUUGAUUUCGUUUUACCUUAUUUAGUUGAACGAAAAACUGUAUCGGAUUUCACUGCAUCCAUUAUGGAUGGAAGAUAUGAAGAUCAAAAAUUCCGUUUACUUCGAUCUCCUGGAAUUGAAUGUAUUAUUUACCUUGUUGAGGGACCACAAGAAGAGCUAUAUCAAGCUUCUACAUAUAUGCACACGUGUGGAAUGUCUAAAAGCAUUAUCACAACUACGUCAAUCAGCACCGCCAUAGCUUCUACCGAGAUCCGUGAAGGCAUUCAUGUUGUUUUUUUAUCGGACAUAUCUGAAACUGCUACCUUUCUAUGUUCACUUCAAACAUAUUUGUAUAAACAACUUGACACCUUUAUGAAACCCUUCGAUCACCUACCCCAUAAUAAUGUUGGGAAUACCUUCCUCGUAAACUUAAUAGCGAAUUCCCCCUUACGUUCCGUUUGGACAACAAGAAGUCAACGACUGAGCAUUAUCCACGAUAUAUUUGGACGACAAUUAAAAUGUAUUGAAUUUUUAGGAGAUCGUACAGUUCUAUUUCUUUUGCGUCAUUUUGAUAAUCCUGCACAACUUAAAGAGUCUCUUGAGAAAUAUCCGAAAAAUUCAACAUUUCGUUCUCAGCUAAUAGCAUUGAAUAAAAAUAACAUUUCUUUCUAUUCUCAAUCUAAAGUCCAACAACGUUUAUUAUCAACUAGAGUAAUGAACGCUCUCCGAACUCUUUAUGCCCCGUCUACAGUACCUUACGCAACUACACCCGAAAUUCGAACCAAAAAAUCUUUUUGUAAACGGGACCGCUUGCUUUUACAAAAAGGUGGGAAAAUUUUUAAUAAUGUGUACACCGCAACAAUACUUCAAUUCAGAUACUUUCUCACCAUCCAACGAUUCUGUAAAAAAACGAGUCGGCCUUCUUAAAAAGUUAUAUAUUUAAAGAAUUAAUUGUAGAAGUUAUAUAUUUAAAAAACGAAAAAUUUAUCACUGCAUUAUGUGUUUUCGUAAUACAGUUUCAUCCCUUGAUAUCAAACCUAGAU